AUGCCUGCUUCUCCGCCGCCACCGCCCGACAACCCUCACGCAAACCCACCCUCCCCGACAGCUUCCUUCUACGACAUGAGUGACGACGAGGAGGGAGAGUACAACACCAUCCGCCAUACCAGCAGUGGGAGCGGCGUGAAGCUGUUGUACUCGAAAAGCAAGGUUUACGUGCACCCUACGCCGUCUGCGAAGGACAACAUUCCUGGCUUUAUCGCCCUGGUCCAGCAGAGGUCACCUAUCACCAACGAUGCUCGCCCUACGUCAUCGUCGUCCUCCACUUCAGUUGCCGCCUCCUCCCUUCUCCUCUCCUGGGUGCCCGAAUCCGCGCUUGGUGAUGCCUAUGAUACCUACGUAAAGGUCGACCUGUCCGACUCCUCAUCCCCGCCGAAACAAUCCUAUCUCGUCCCUCCGCCACCGACCACAACGACCCACAGCAGUGCUAUCGGAACAUAUGCUUUCGCCGUACCAGUUAGUGAAAUAUUCUCGUUGCUCGUGCGGCCACCAAGUAUAGGAUGGUGGUUUGGCAGUGUGGUCAUCAACACCCGCGCAGGCGACAGCUUCCCUGCCCUGUUCUUCCACGACAGCGAAUGCCAGUCCACAAUCAUGCAGCGCAAGAAGCUCGCACGGGAGAGCUUCGAUCCCUUUGGAGACGGUGGAGGCAUGUUCUGGGGAGGCGACGAGGCCCUGAGAUGGUUGAAGCGCUACGUGAAGGUUGUCCGUUCUGCCGCUGAGCCCAGCGUCUAUCUCAUCGAGCCUAACGAGGAGGAUCUGCUGUCGUUCGGCCAAAAGCCGACGACUGUGAAGACGAAAACUCCCCCGGGCUCUUCAGGCGAAGGAUCCUCACAGGCCGCCGCUGGUAAGAAGAGAGACGGCGGUAUGGAUCCAUUCAUGUCGGCCGUCAACUCAGCAAAGUGGACUUUUCUGGAGAAGAUGAGCCAGGUCACCACAUUCACCCGUCGAACAGCGCAUGCUGUUGCUGAGAAUCCGAAGCUGCCCCCGCAGAUCAAACAGCUGUUGAGGAGUCCUGAGGUUGAAAGGCUGCAGGAGGAGUUCGACAGUGCGAGGAUCUACCUGGCUCGGUGGGCAAUGAGCAUUGCGGAGCAGAGCGAUAAAGAGCGGAAACAAAGAAUCUGGACUGCUCAGGAUGUUUUGGAGAUGGAAGACAGCGCGGUUGGAGAGUUUGAGAUCUUGGAAAUGGAAGCAGGAAACGUGUCGCUCAGCGAUCGGAGGAAGCCCGUGACCAUGGAAGAGUGGAAGGGCUUUUUCGACCCGCACAGCGGAACCCUGCUAGUCACUCCGGACGAGGUCAAGGAGCGAAUCUUCCACGGUGGCCUCGAUCCCGACGAUGGCGUUAGGAAAGAAGCUUGGCUUUUCCUGUUGGAAGUCCAUGAGUGGGAUAGCACCUCUGAAGAACGGCAAGCCAAAUUGAACAGCCUGCGCGACGAGUACAUCCGCCUCAAGGGGGCGUGGUGGGAGCGUAUGGUCGAAGGGCAGAAUACUCAAGAGGAAUCCGAAUGGUUCCGGGAACAGAAGAUCCGGAUAGAGAAAGACGUUCACAGGACAGAUCGCAACAUCGACGUCUUCGCAGGCGAGGACAUCCCUCACCCUGACCCUGACUCUCCUUUUGCGGACGUUGGAACCAACGUUCAUCUCGAGCAGAUGAAAGACAUGCUUCUUACUUACAACGAGUACAACAAAGACCUUGGCUAUGUCCAGGGAAUGAGCGACCUGCUUGCCCCGAUAUACGCUGUCAUGCAAGACGAUGCCGUUGCCUUUUGGGGAUUUGUUGGGUUCAUGGAGCGCAUGGAGCGAAACUUCCUCAGAGAUCAAUCCGGCAUGAGGAAACAGCUUCUUACGCUGGACCAGCUCGUGCAGCUUGUCGAUCCCAAGCUGUACGUGCAUCUACAGUCGGCGGAUAGCACCAACUUCUUCUUCUUCUUUCGCAUGUUGCUUGUCUGGUACAAGCGUGAGUUCGAGUGGCAAGACACCUUGCGUUUGUGGGAGGGCCUUUGGACGGACUAUCUUUCGGGGAACUUCCAUUUGUUCAUCGCUCUCGCCAUCCUGGAAAAACAUCGCGACGUCAUCAUGGAACACUUGAAAGCUUUUGACGAGGUGCUAAAAUACGUCAACGAGCUUUCGGGUACAAUUGACCUCCAGUCGACCCUGGUCCGUGCCGAGGCACUGUUCCGCCGCUUCCAAAGAACAAUCGAAGCUGUCGACCGCAAAAACAAAGACAGCAGCUUGCCUAUACCGUCGAAUGUUCGUCGCCGCAACCCCGCCGCCGCACCUGUUCAGCCUCCGACGUUCAACUUCAACCCAAUUGGUCGCAUUGCCGCCCUAAACUCACAGCGAAAUGGCAACGGUGCGAACGGUUCUGCUACUGCAUCAGGUAGCUCCGCGAGCCAGAACAACACGCAGAACGGGAAAAGCCAGACGACAAGUAGUACUGAGGAGGAUGAGAGGCCGAGGGUGAUUACGGAUGAGUUGAGAGAACUGUUGAGCAGGAAAGUUCCGAAGCUGGACAAGAAGCAAAACACGGAAGGGGCGUUGCAUAGGGUUCCCUCGAGGGAACCAUAA